AACAGUUAUAAUACUGGCCUUAUUUACAUAACAAACUUUCGAUUGCGAUAAUACCACGUCCAUCAACAGAAGUCUGUUGACGGGCGCAAGGUAUUCCCUUUCGAUAGUUCAGGAAUGGUAAUGGAUGCCAGUGGGGGAAUAAGUGAUGGCUGAAGUAUUGUUUUUCAAUUAGCUGUAUGACAAUAUCUUCAGUACCCAGUGUUAUGGAAAUUCAGAAACUGUAAAUGUCAUUACUUUCAGUUUCUGCAGUGUCAAAUAGUAUCAUUGUGCCAGGUUUGUAGUUAAUGCCUAAAGCACGCUUUCAAGCGUUGGAAGGUUUAGUUCCAUGAAGUCUUAGGUACAGUUGUACAGUGAACGCACAGGUGGUAUUUUAGUAUAAUUAGGCUGACGUGAUUUGAAAAUUCUUUUGCAAUGGAAGCAUUAGCAAAACAUGAUUUCAAUGCCACUGCAGACGACGAACUGAGCUUUCGAAAAGGACAAGUCUUGAAGAUCCUAAAUAUGGAAGAUGACAUGAACUGGUACCGAGCUGAACUAGAUGGCAGGGAAGGAUUAAUACCAAGUAAUUACAUAGAAAUGAAAACUCAUGACUGGUAUUAUGGAAGAAUAACAAGAGCAGAUGCUGAGAAGCUUUUACUAAACAAGCAUGAAGGAGCAUUCCUCAUUCGUGUUAGUGAAAGUUCUCCAGGAGAUUUCUCUCUUUCAGUGAAGUGUUCGGAUGGAGUUCAGCAUUUUAAGGUACUUCGUGAUGCUCAAGGGAAAUUUUUCCUUUGGGUAGUUAAAUUCAACAGUUUGAAUGAGCUGGUGGAAUACCAUAGAACUGCUUCUGUUUCGAGAUCUCAAGAGGUGAAGCUCAGAGACAUGGUUCCAGAAGAGUGCCUGGUGCAAGCAUUGUAUGACUUCACCCCACAAGAACCAGGAGAACUGGAAUUUCGUAGAGGUGAUGUAAUAACUGUGACGGACCGUACAGACCAGCAUUGGUGGCAUGGAGAAAUUGGAGCACGUAGAGGCCUAUUCCCAGCUACUUACGUUGCUCCAUACCAUUCAUAGCUGAUUUUAUACAUACGUCUAGCCUACAGGCUAUAACUCUCCUUAUAGGAAAGUAAUAUGAACAUUGUAAGUUGUGUGGAAGAUGUAAACUUGCAUUAUUAUUAAUUUUAUUUUAUUUUCAUAAGCUUUAUGUUGUCAUUCUAAUUUCUGUCAUAAUUUUAUAUGGAUUGUUAAAUAUUCAUAAAAACCAUGUGAUUCCUAAAUAUACAUUAUCUCUGAAGUGG